UCGUCGGAUUCGGCUUAUUAUCGGCAACUAGUUCCAUCUGGCGCACUAACGCGACAGAUUCCCAUUACGCAAUGUUGUUCCACCGAUAAAGUCACUCGCGAGUCGCGACGGCGCACACAUUUCGAAGCUUGCAGCGGCGAGCGAGCCAAACACUGCGCGCUGUGCAACUCCUCGUCGCGUUUUUUCUCCGGAGUCCGGAUCAGUCCAAUAUUUCCGUAGAUCGAGUUCAGGCGAUUUUUCAGAAAUGCCGCAGACACAGGGUUCGUGCGAGACACCGGGCUGCAAGGUGCCAGCCAGUCUGCAGUGUCCGACUUGCCUGAAAAUCGGAAUCAAGGGCUCCUUCUUCUGCACCCAGGAUUGCUUCAAGAGCAGCUGGAAAUCACACAAGCUCCUGCACCAGCUAGCCAAGGGGGACAACAAAAAUCAGUCCGAAGAAUACAACCCCUGGCCGUACUAUCAUUUCACUGGGAAACUGCGCCCAGCACCCAGAGAGCUCGUUCGCACAGUGCCCGAGUCCAUUGGAAGACCCGAUUAUGCUACACACCCAACUGGUAUUCCCCUCAGUGAACAGGCAGUUCUAAGCGCUGCACAGAUCAAAACUUUGGAUGACGAGGAGAUCGAGGGGAUGCGAGUGGCUUGCAAGCUUGGAAGGGAAGUCCUGGAUGAGGCAGCAAAGGCUUGUGAUGUUGGAGUGACAACCGCAGAGAUAGACAGGAUUGUGCACGAGGCAUGCAUUGAAAGAGACUGCUACCCGUCUCCAUUGAACUAUUAUCAAUUUCCAGCCAGUUGUUGUACUUCGGUGAAUGAGGUGAUUUGCCAUGGAAUUCCAGAUAAGAGACCUCUAGAAGAUGGUGAUAUCUGUAAUGUUGACAUAACGGUGUACCACAAUGGUUUUCAUGGAGAUUUAAAUGAGACCUUCCUUGUUGGAAACGUCAAGCCAGAGGUGAGGAAACUUGUAGAGGUGACUCACGAGUGCCUUCAGAAAGCUAUUGAAAUUGUUCGACCUGGAGAGAAAUACAGGGAAAUCGGAAAUGUCGUUCAAAAACACGCCCAAGCACAUGGUUUCAGUGUUGUAAGAAGUUAUUGUGGACACGGGAUUCACCGUCUGUUUCAUACUGCUCCCAAUAUUCCACACUAUGCCAAAAACAAAGCUGUUGGAGUCAUGAAAGCUGGACACGUUUUCACUAUUGAACCGAUGAUUUCUCAGGGCACAUGGCGCGAUGUAAUGUGGCCCGAUGACUGGACCGCAGUAACCUCUGAUGGCUUGUGGUCGGCGCAGUUUGAACAUACGUUACUGGUUACCGAGACCGGCUGUGACAUAUUAACAAAACGGUUUACCAACGAUGGCAGUCCCUGGUUUAUGGAUCGCUCUUAGUAAAUAACGUUAAGUCGUUUUUUUAUGUAAAUAAAAAAAUGUUCAUUAUAUCCGGCGGAAUAAAACUUUAAAAUGAACAAUUCAUAAUUUCAAUGAGUAUUUAGACACAUUCGCUUAUGAAAUAACCAAAAUGAACUAUUACACUGACAAACGUAACUUUAUUAUUUUUUGUGCAAUCUUCUGACACCUGUAUGAUUUUUUACUUGAUUUUUCCGAUUGCUAUAGUCAGGUUUUGUUCUAAACCAAAAAUAGAAUGAUGACUUUUGUAUGUCACAAAGAAAUAUAUGCAAAUUCAAUUUUUUUUAAACCUUUUUAACGUAUACACUUUCUGAUGCAAGGCUGGUUGAAAAUUGUAACUUACUCAGGAUGCCAUGUAUUUUUUUAUGUCUGGUUUGACAUAAUUAAUUUGAAGUUAAAUGAAUUUUUGUACAGUGUAUUAA